UCGCAUCACGGAGGGGUGGAUGAUCGCAGCAGCGCAAAAUCACAAGUGCGGAGCUGAGCUCAUGGCCCUGCUCCUCCAUUGCGAACCAAGGCCCAGUAAGGAUGUUCGCAUCACAGAGGACGUGCUGGAGACGGCCGCGGGGAACGAGGGUGCCGCGGAGGGGAUAUUCGAGCUGCUAUCUCGUGAGAGGCCGGACGAGCUUCUCAUUACGCCCAGGGUGCUGCUGGCAGCUUGCAACAACGAGAAAUCCGCAAAGAGGAUCACGGAGAUACUGCUCCUCGCGAACGAAGGGAAGACGAUUCGAAUCACCGCGAGUAUGGUAGAGGCAACGAGGGAGGAUAAAUCGAGUAGGCGUUCGUUCAAUUGGGUCCCUAAGCAUCUGAGAGGGAAGUUGGAACUUGGUGAAGAGCCAGAUAAAGGCAAUAUGAUGAAGCAGACUAUUAAGAAGAUCAUUAGCCAGUUUGGCGACGAGGCGAGAUUUACGGCACAGGCGCUGAGUGCGCUUGCGGUGCUUGAAGAUACGAGGUUGUUGGAGGAUUGGUUGUUGGCAAAGCGGUUUGAGAUCCCCCGGAGCAUGGUAGAGGCUGCGGCUGCGAACCCGGACGCAGGGAUGAAGAUGCUGGAGAUGCUGCUCCAUGAACGGGGCAAUGAGGUCAAAAUCACUGAAAGAGUGCUCGUAGCCGCCGUAGGCAAUGAGCGGGUUGGGUUGGAUAUCGUUAUAGAGCUUCUUCUCCGAGAGUGCGGGAGCGAGAUACGCAUUACAGAGGGUACAAUAGAAGCAGCUAUGAGCCAUGGAUUCGCGGGCGGUCAAAUCCUGCUCCUGCUUCUAACUGAACGCGGAAAAGAGAUCCAAGUCACCGAGUCACUAAUGACAUACGCCGCCCGAGAGUCGCGGCAUCUUUGGAGCUGGCUUGUUUUGCACUCAGAUCGAGAUAUACAGAUGACAGAGCGGGUUGUAGAAGAAGUUGUCGGCAACGAGCAGAUUGGCGACGAAAUGUUGGUGGAGCUACUCACCGAGUAUAAUGAUGUCCAAAUCACCGAGAGAGUCUUAGAGGCCGCUGCCAGAAACUUUGGUAGAGGGCUAAAGAUCUUAGUAACGCUUCUACAUGAGCGAGGGGACGAUUGCUAUAUCACCGAGAGAGUCUUAGAAGCCGCUGCCGGGAACGUGAGAGAAGGUCUGAAGAUCCUGGGAAUGCUUAUAUAUGAGCGAGGGGACGAUUUUUAUAUCACGGAACGAGUUAUGGAGGCAGCCGCCCGGAACACCGAAAGCGGUGCAAAUAUUAUGAAUUUCCUUCUCAAAGAGCGACCCGAUGAGGCCGUGAUAACAGAGAGAGUUCUGGAAGCCGCAGUGGGUAACCUGGAAAUUGGAGACAAGAUACUGGAAUUUAUAUUUCGUGAAUACGGUGAUGAUAUCGAAAUCUCCGAAAGAGUGCUCGAGGCAGCAAGCCGGAACGAGAAAAAAGGCGGAGAGAUCAUCGACAUCAUUCUCCGUAGAUCGAACCAAAGCUUUACGAUAAGCGAAAGAGUACUGGAGGCAGCAGCGGGGAACUCGUGGUGUGGCGACGAAAUUGUGCGACAUUUCAUUAGCAAAUUGGACACCGAGAUCCAGAUGACCUCCAAAGUACUAGGAGCGGCCAUAGGAAAU